AUGGGUCGUCACUGCUUCUACGUUUACUAUGAUGGGGAACAGUAUUUCCAUGACUUGCAUGGGCUGUCCUAUAAAGGCGAGUCAGUGAAGCAGAAGUUCAUUGAGUUGAAAUGGGGAACACACUUGAGAAAAAUGCACCGGAAGAUAAUGGAAGCUCUACGGUUGGACAAGGAGUCACAUAAGAUAUCCAUUGUGUACCGUGCCCCCCAGAUACUUGUGAGUACUCAGGUUGUCUACAACUCAAAUCCGUUGGGUUGCGAUGCUGACGUGGACAUGAUGUGGGCAGUGAUUAAGCGGACCCCCCAGUUCAUAGCGUCCGACUUGUAUGUAACUGUUGAGGCUGUUGGGUUCCAUGGUAGUGCAAGUUCACAGCAUGCCAGUGGGGUGGAAGAGCCACACUCAUUGUCGGUUGACGUGCAUCCUCCCUUUGCCUAUGCCACGCCUUUCCCCUACAAUAAUCAACCAUGUAGUGCGGUUGAUCAUUUGGACAACACCAAGUGCCGAGAUGUGUAUGAAGAGUUCAUUGAUACUGAUGGACCAGUGGACGACGCGGAGGUCUUAGAUGUACCACUGAUCGAAAAUAACGAGGAGGAUUGCCUUACAACAGUUCCUAUCCCAGAAUGGUUCACAUCAAACACAUGGGACAAUAUUAAUGACCCAUCACCUGCAUUGGGUACAGGACAUCUUACAAGUUGGCAUAAAGGUGACCACCCAGCAAGGGGGAUGCUAUUCAAGAAUAAAGCCUCUGUUCAAUAUGUGUUGACCCUCUACUCUGUGGAGCAUAAUAAGCAAUACAAGGUCAUCAAGUCUGACACCAAUAGGCUGGUAGUGCGGUGUAAGAAUGAGGCAUGUCUGUGGUCAAUUCGGGCCAAUUGCAGCAAGAAGCACGGGAUGUGGGUUAUCAGUACAUGUAAGGGUCCCCAUAGUUGCUCAUCCCUCCAGCUACCAACUGAUGGGCGGAUGAUGGAUUCAAAGUUCAUCUCCAUUGCACUUGAGAAGUAUGUACGGGAAGACCUAACCCGAAAGGUAAGGGACUUGCGUAGUAUGUUGCAUGCAAGGCAUGGGCAUGAUGUAACUAUGUACAAGGUUUGGGAAGCCAAACAGAAGGCAGUUGCACGUAUUUACGGGGAUUUUGACGAGUCGUACGCAGAAUUGCCACGAUUUCUAGCUGCAUUGUCUGAUGCAGAUCCGGAUACUGUGACCACAUUAAAGUGUGACCCCCAUGUCCCGGGGACUUGUAUAUUCAACUCCGCGUUUUGGGCUUUCGGUCCGUGUAUUAGAGGGUUCAGGCAUUGCAGGCCGGUGAUAAGCAUAGAUGCAACGCACCUCUAUGGCAAGUACAAAGGAAAGCUGUUGAUAGCAAUGGCAACAGAUGGUAACAACGAGGUUUAUCCACUCGCAUUUGCCGUUGUCGAAAGCGAGAGCACGGAGACAUGGGGAUGGUUCUUGGCAUGCCUGUUGACCUAUGUUACAGACCGCACCAAUUUGUGUAUAAUAUCCGACAGGCAUCGUGGGAUACAAUCAUGCUUCGAUGACACCACUAGGGGCUACUUGCAACCGCCCUUAACCCAUCACCGGUAUUGCCUCCGCCAUUUAGUAAGCAAUGUUAACACUAACUUCAAUAGUGUGCCGUUGAAGAACUUGGUAUGGAACGCAGCAACUGCGAAUCAAGUUAGGAAGUUUGAGAACACCAUGGAUUGCAUCAAGAAUGUCAACCCGGCUGCGUACGACUAUCUUAAGGAGGUAAAUCAAGAAAAGUGGACACUUGUACAUGACCAUGGGCACCGAUAUGGGGCAAUGACAACCAACCUGUCAGAGUGUUUCAAUGGGGUACUUAAGGGCGCACGUAGCUUGCCCAUAACUGCAAUGGUGAAGUUUACAUUUUACAAGGUGAACUCAUACUUUGACGAAUGUCGAAACAAAACCCUAGAGAAGUUGGAAGAGGGGCAAGUGUGGUGCAAAUAUGCCUAUGACAAGUUCGAGGAAAAUCAAGAGAAGGUGAAGCUCCAUAUUGUUAGAAGGAUGAGUGCGCAACAACGGUUAUAUACAGUGGAGAUACAGUCUUCACUGUUGAACACUGGCGGGGGAGAUCACACCCAUAGGGUUUCCCUCAUAGACAUGACAUGCACGUGCGGCAAAUGGGAAGCAAACAAGAUCCCUUGUUCCCACUUGAUAGCAGUUUGUGCCAAACACAACCAUGAUGCCACUGAGUAUAUGCAUCAUUUCUACCGCCUUGAAGAACGGUAUCACAGCUAUGAGCCUAUAUUCCAACCACUAAAAGAUAGGUUAGAAUGGCCGGAGCCAGCAGAAAGGAGAACCGUGAUGCCAAACCAGCGGUUGAUCCGUGAGAAAGGUCGGCCAAAGUCCACGAGAAUCCGCAAUGAGAUGGAUGACGAGGAUAGGGAGUUGCCAACCUCAUUAUGGAUUGAGAAUGGACCAAAGUUGAAGUGUGGGUUGUCUCGCCAAGAGGGUCAUAACCGUCGUACAUGUCCAACUCGAAAUGUGGUUUCAACAAGCCAUGGUGCUAUGUAG